AUACGGCAUGCCUAGGUACUAGUAGUAAGUGGCAUAGUUAAUGGUGGGGAUAUCACCGGUGACAGUUAUCGAAUCGCAUCCCGGACUUACAUACUCACCCCUCCGACCUGAAGAAUGUGUUCGGGCGAGUGAAAUACAUAUGAGCAUACACAUUUAAGAAGGGAUUCUCCUUGGUUUUCCUCCGUUCCUGGUUUUUCUGUGAUUCAUUUCCAUCUUACUAUGUAUCCGCAUGAGCUUUGAUAGGUCUUUCAGCCGCCGAUAACCCUUCCCCGUGAGAAGGUUUAUCCUUCCAACUCUCAUCUUUUCAUAUGCGUACUUGGACAUCUUAUACCACAUCGCGAGCAACACUGCCGCACUAAGGAACCUGUGCGAUUGAUCAAUCGAGACAAUGGGGAAGUCACUAGUUUACCCAAAGUACCCCAGAAGCACCCUGAACCGGUACAAACACCGGGGAACCUACGAGCUGGGGAAAAUUCACUCCAUCGUCAAUGAGUGCGCCGUCCUGCACGUCUCCUUCCCUGCAGGCCCUGAUGAUCCGUUCCCCGCGAUUCUCCCCAUGAUUGGCCAGAUGGGCUCAUUCGAGUAUCCGUCCGCGGACAUAAAUGAGCCCCUAGACUGCUAUCUACAUGGGUAUGUCAGUUCACGAAUCAUGAACCUUGCUCGAGUUACCAACGGCGAAGGCGAAGGCGAAGCCCAGAGCCAGGGGCUGCCGGUCUCCAUCUCCGCCGCCCACGUCGACGGCUUCAUCCUUUCCCUCACCCCGAACUCGCACAGCUACAACUAUCGUUCGGCCAUACUGCAUGGGUACGCGACGGUUGUGACGGACGAGGCAGAAAAGCACUGGGCCAUGAAGCUAGUCACCAACGGUGUCGUGGAGGAUCGCUACGAUCAUACCCGCGUACCACCCAAUAAAGUGGAGAUGACGUCAACAACGAUACUGCGUGUGAGGAUUGUGGAUGGCAGUGGGAAGAUUAGGGAUGGCAGCGUGUCGGACGAGAGGUACGACCGCGAGAAUAAAGAGCUUACGAGCAAGGUGUGGACGGGGGUGGUACCUGUUUGGCAGGUAAUGGGAGAACCAAUUCCCGCGCCGGAGAAUGAGGUUAAAGAGGUACCGGAGCAUAUCAGGGGGUUUAUUGACAGGGUCAAUGAGAGGAAUAAGGCGUAUGCUCACGGCGCGGCGGUGGUCGGGUUGCCAAAAGAAGAGCAACAUUGAUGUCGGUUUCAUAUUCUUCAUUUUUUAUUUUA